UAUUUGGUUUUAAAUCAGGUAACCAUGCCGUGAUUAUGCGAAGGAAGUUAGGAAUCACUGCCCUUGUAAACGACGUCGUUUCAAGUUGUUGGAUUAAUAAAGAGGACGAUGUCUGCUUUGCCCGUUUAUUUCAGAAUCCGGCGAUUCUUAUCGCGAACGCCACGAAGCCAAAAGCGUUAAUCGAGCGAGAGAGAAGGAUGGAAGAACUGGAGAAAGAGCGACUCAAUCAAACUUUUAAUUCGUACUUCAAAACCUUUCAUGAGACCUUUCAGUAUUUGUUGGAUCAGACACCAUAUUCAUCACUGGAUAAAGUGAGCUGGGAAGAAGUUGUGAAAAUGGGUGAUCAGGUCUACAAGCAAGCUACUAUCAUUUUUGGAAUGUUUUGGACUGAGGAAAAAACAGAAUUGAAAGCAGUUGAGGAGAACAUGGUAACAUACUUCAAUACAGUGCAGGAUUUGCUUUUGCUUUCUCGUGGAAGUACAGUGGGCGCGGGACCUACCCUUUCUUCCUAUAUCAGUUUAUCUUUGCAAAAAGUUUUUGAUGCUGUUGGUUGCAGCAUUAAGUUGUUGGCGAUAUGUGUAUCUUCAUACGGAUCUUGUGAUAAAGACUUAAAACUUGAUGUCCGUCGGUUAGUUGGUGCGGUACGUGCAUCAUUCGAGGUGGUAUGUUCUGAUCUCAAGAAGACACCUGCCACAAAUAUCACAGCAAUUGGGAAAGAAAUGAAACAAUUUGCAGUUUCAGUGAAGAAAGUUCUUUGUGAGAUGAAGGAGCUCAAGCCAGCUUCCUCCAUUCUGAUAGAUGAGGCUUCUGAUGGUGGUCCUCCCAUAACAGAAGCUGGGUUGCAAGGAGAAGAUGAUGACCUGUCACCUGAAGAGAUGAAAAUUGCUCAAUCAGCAAUUGGGGUUGUGUCUGAGACAACAGUUGUCAUAGAGGAACUUAUCCGUACGAUCGUAGGUAUGCUUGACCAGGAAAAAUCUGAUAACAAUGGCAGUUUCGUGUAUUCCUUGGAGAAGUUGUUGAAGCUGUGUCAAGAAAUAGAUGGGGAGAUUUUUGAGCUUAAAGCAUGUCUUUAUCCCCCACAAGAUGUUACCGAUAUAAAGGAAGCUUUGGAGAAUAUAUCCCGCAUUAUCAGUGAAAUGCUGGCGGUGGUAGAAAGUUUCAAUACCUUUUUGGCAACUUUCUUCCAGGCAUGCUGUGGUUUGACGAGUUCAAUAAAGCAAAUGGAAACUGAGCUAGACAACUACUGUACAUCUGAUAUAGAAUCUAAAAUGCAAAAUGUUGCUGUCAGCAAUGAGAGAGAGAGAGAGAGAGAGAGAGAGAGAGAGGGGUGAUAGCUGCUGAUCCACAGUUGCCACAGUUGUAAUUAAGCAUUUACAAUCUGGUUUAUACAUGUUCCCAUGUUCAUUAUCA